AGCUCGUGCAAUUCAAUUCAGAAAAGAGCAUAAAUCAAUGGCUGAAUUAAAAAAACGUAGUAAAAGAAUAGAUAAUAAAGUAAAAUUAGGAAGGAAAAUUAGUAUAGUGAUAACGGCAAUUUUGAUAGCAUAUCUUUCGAUAUUUAUUAUGGCAAAUUUUGCUCAAUGGACUCUAAUUCCUGCUGAUCUUGCUAGUUCUUUAGGAACAGUAUCUAAAGCAAAUCUUGGACAUGAUGAUGAUAUCAUUAUCAGUAAUAAUUAUAAUAUUAAUGAAAUUUACUCUCAAUACAAAACUUUAUCAAAAUACAUCAAAAUCUGGCAAACAUCUUCCAAUAAAUUUGAAUUUGAUAUCAUUAAACCAUUUAAUAGCAAAAUAACCAAAGAACUCAAUGUCAUUUUAUAUUAUGAUAAACAAAAAUUGAUAAGAAAACAAGCAAAGAUUAUUGGUAAGAAUCGCUACUCAUUUGAAAUUAAUGAUGAAGAUAGUGCUGGCAAUUCUAUUAAGAAAAAUGGAAGUAAAAUAUUGAUAAAAAUCAUUGAUAAAAAUGGAAUUGUUAUAAAAGAAUUUGAAUGGUCAAAGGAUAUAGAGAAACAAAAUAAUGAUAAAUCAAUAGAAUUGAAAAAAUUAAAUCAUAAAGCUCUUAAUAAAAAUGAAGAUAAUGGAAUUAUUAGCAAUAAAAAUAAUUACAAUUACUUUUAUGGAUUUGGAAGUGAGAACAGUGUUGUAAAUCUAGUAACCGAAGGAAUUCUAAUUAAUGUUAGAAAAGCUACAAGUUUAGCUGUUAAUUUAACACAAGAGACUUUUCUAUAUAUAAGUGAAAAUCUUAAAUUUUGGAUACCUUUUGCUUUUGAAAAAGUAAGAAACAUAUGGAACAUUUCCGAAAUUUUAGAAAGUGUUAAAUCAUGGUUUCAGUAA